AUGACCCUUACGAGUGGGCGGUGGUGGUUCAGCUACGAUCCAACGUGGCCGAUCGGGGGACUUACUGGCAAGUUCGGCAAUCUCCUCCCUACUGUCGGGAACUCUCAAUUCCAAUCAAAAGGGUCAUUCCAAGGGUCAACAGGCUCGGAAACCAGAGAACUGCUGUGA